GUAAAGAAUGCUCACUUGCGGUUAUUGCAGAGCUCUAUAAGAAGAGCUCUACAGACUUCUGAGGAUCACUGAGGUUCAGAUUCUGAAAGCUGCGUCUUCACGCUGGUUAGAGAUCCUCUGCUAAGAUGCUCCGCAACAUCUUUCUUGUCACCUUGCUCGUAUAUGCAGUCUGCGCAACUCAUUGGGAGAUUCGUGAAGUGGGCUCUGCUGAGGACCAGGAUGAAGAGAUCUCUGCUGAUGACAUGAUGAAAGAGCAGAUAUUUCUGUGCAGUGCAUGCAAAACACUUAUUGCGAUGGUGAAAAAUAUGAUCCCAGCCCAUGCAACGCCGGUUCAAAUUAAAGGCAUACUGGAAUACUUCUGUGGGAAAAUGUGGCUGCUGAGAGGUACAUGCCUGAAUAUAGUUCGACAGCAUCUACACGAUCUGGUCGAUGAGCUGAUGAAGAAUGAUAGCACAAAUGCUGUUUGUACUAAAAUUCAUGUCUGCUAGUAGGAACCACAGAAAUACCUACUCCAAAAGUUUAUAAUCAUUGUUCAUUGUCGUACGUGAUCAAGCUUGUGACAAUUUCUAAAUGAGAAUAAAUGAUUACUGUGGAAGCAUUAUAAAAAACAAAAAAAAAAAAUUGUGAAAACAAAAUAAAAUAUAUGAAUAAAACAAUAAUUUGUGUGUUUUUUUUUUUUUUUUUUUUACUGUUUUCUAAUUAUUAAGCUAAAUCAAAAUAAAUAAACAGAAUAAAUGGUAUCUAAAUAUUUAGAGACGAUAUUCUCAAUAAAUAAAUAAAUAAUAUCUUUCAUCGCACUGCUUUGUAAGUGAGGCCUAAAUUAAAUCUUUUUUUUUUAACAAGCUCAUUUUUCCACUAAUGACUACAGAUGUUUUUAGAUAAGAGCACUGAAAUGAAAUUAAUCAAAUUAAACUGAAACUAAACUGAAAACUAUAUGUUUAAAUCUUAAGUCAACUAUGCUGCUUGCAGAAUGUAUAUCAGUCCACUAUGACAGAUGUGAAUGAAAUAUAGACAUAGUUUCAGAUAAAUGAAGGGUUCUUGUGGCUAAUCACGAGACUUCUGCCAUAUCUAGGACAGAGUUCCUACCACAGUUGUAUACUUUCACACCAUUUAAAGGGCCAUGCCUGAUCUGAUAAUGCCAUUUCUGACUUGAUGUCAUGAUCCUGGUCUUUGUUUUCUGUAUCCGUGUUUAAGGACUUUAAUUUUGUAGUUUUUGUGUCUUAUUGUUCACUGUCUCCCUGCCUCUCUGUUCCCUUGUUUGUGGCCAUGGAUGUUAAUUGAACCACACCCACUUCCUCAUUAGUCACCCCGGUUACCAAUUAGAUCAUUACCUCUGCCCUGUGUAUAAAUAGUCCUUGGCUUUCCCUUGUAUUUUGUCAGUUGUUAAUGUCUGUAAUGGUUGCUUUCUGUUCUUGUCUGGUUUCUCAGUGUCUCCCGUUUUGGAUUAUUUGUUGUUUUUUUUCUUGGACUUUCAAUAAACAGAUCCUCACCUCA